AUGAAACACCAGGCUAACAAGAAAUCAGUGGCGACCCGCCCGAUCCCAACCCUGACUGAUGGGGAGCUAGAAGUGCUCACCCAAAUUCGAGUCCGUGGCGCGUCGCGAGCGGAUGAGCAUCUUGAGAUCCGCACAUUGUUUCGAAUGCGUGCCACCGAACGAGUAUCCUCCCGCAUUCAAAUAUUGGAUGACCCAUGGUUCAUUAUGGCCACGUUUCAGGCCAUAAUGGGCCAAGGAUAUACUCAUCAGGUUGCUACGGCAAACAUCCACCAAGCGCUGUUGCAAGAAAUGGCCGAACUGGAGUUUGAAAAGGUGCAUGAUCCACACGCUCCCUCACAAAUCCGCCGCACCUCGUGA